AUGGGCGGCGGGCGCGGGGCCCGGGCGGGCGCGCCGCUGGCGCUGCUGGCGCUGCUGGCCGCCGGGCUGCCGGCCGCGGGCUCGGCGGGCGAGUACGACUACGUGAGCUUCCAGUCGGACGUGGGCGCGUACCAGAGCGGCCGCUUCUACGCCAAGCCGCCGCAGUGCGUGGACAUCCCGGCCGACCUGCGGCUGUGCCACAACGUGGGCUACCAGCGCAUGGUGCUGCCCAACCUGCUGGAGCACGAGAGCAUGGCCGAGGUGAAGCAGCAGGCCAGCAGCUGGGUGCCCCUGCUCAACAAGAACUGCCACAUGGGCACGCAGGUCUUCCUCUGCUCGCUCUUCGCGCCCGUCUGCCUCGACCGGCCCAUCUACCCGUGCCGCUGGCUCUGCGAGGCCGUGCGCGACUCGUGCGAGCCCGUCAUGCAGUUCUUCGGCUUCUACUGGCCCGAGAUGCUCAGGUGCGACAAGUUCCCCGAGGGGGACGUCUGCAUCGCCAUGACCCCGCCCAACGCCACCGCAGCCUCCAAGCCCCAAGGCACAACUGUAUGUCCUCCGUGUGACAACGAGUUGAAAUCUGAAGCCAUCAUUGAACAUCUCUGUGCCAGUGAGUUUGCACUGAGGAUGAAAAUAAAAGAAGUGAAAAAAGAAAAUGGUGACAAAAAGAUCGUCCCCAAGAAGAAGAAGGCCCUGAAGCUGGGGCCCAUUAAGAAGAAGGAGUUGAAGACGCUGGUCCUGUUCCUGAAGAACGGAGCUGACUGCCCCUGCCACCAGCUGGACAACCUCGGCCACCAGUUCCUCAUCAUGGGCCGGAAGGUGAGGAGCCAGUACCUGCUGACGGCCAUCCACAAGUGGGACAAGAGAAACAAGGAGUUCAGAAGCUUCAUGAGGAAGAUGAAGAGCCACGAGUGCCCCACUUUUCAGUCGGUCUUUAAGUGACUCUCCCGGGGUGGGCUGGGGUGGGGCGACGGCGGCCCUGGCACCUGGUGGCCCAUGCCUACUCCGGCUGGUGGUGGACACUAGCUCAGCCGGCUUUGUUCCUGCACGUCCCCCUCUCUCCCCUCCUCGCCAUGCCCCAGACCCCAGCAUAGCCACAUCCAGGUAAGGAAAGGGCCAUUUAGAUGAGGGAGGCUUUUAUGACGUACCGUGCGGACAGCAGGUGGAGAGCCAUUCAACCAGGGACAUAAUCACUGAGAAAGAGAACCCUUGCCAGUUAAAGAAAGGGGAUCGGGCAAAAAGUGAGGGAUGGCAGCAAAAAUGAGGUUCCACUUUCUUGGCGUUGUGACAAAUGGCUUGUGGAACUAUUGGCCAAUCUCCGCCUUUGGAACUAGAAAGUUCUAACUGUUGGUCAGUCACACAGCUGUCAGCUCCAGAGUAAUCUCUCCUUCUGUCUGCUUUAGACAGAAACAGGCACAUUCCACCACGGGUUUAAGAAAGGUUCACAAGGUCGCAGGUGCAGGGAAGGGGGGCAUGAGCACGUCACACGCGCGUGAGGACAGAGGGGUGAGAAGGGAGGUGGCUGCACGUGAUCGUCCUCGGACACGAGCCUGCCAGUCUCAGGUGCCACACAGGUGCUGCUUCCCACAGUCGGGCGUGAUCUUGCCCCAGGCACGUGGAGGGUGGCCCGUGCCUGCCCCCGUGCAUGGAGAGGGCGGCCACAGUGAGCACGAGACAGACGACGAUUUUCAGACUGAGGAGGCAAUAGUUAGGGGUUUUCAGAAAACGUAGUUAAAGAAGAAAAAAAAAAUUAGAGCAGUACAGCCAAUUGCUAGUCGGUGUGGUUUGUGACGUUGAAUGAGGAGCUUCGUAUUCUAAUUUUAUCUGUUUGUUUCGCAUUUUUUAAAGAACACGUGUGGCUGCGGGUCCACCUGGUAGGUAGCGCCGCUGUGCCGCCCUCCUUCCUGCAGAGCUCUGGGCGGUCCUGCGCCCACACAGCCACCAGCACUCACGGUCUGCCCGUUCUUCUCUUUCCUGGGAAGCGGAUUCCUCUAAACUCGAUUGCCUGUAGAUCAAAGAAAUUCAGAACAGUCCACCUGCCCGUUCCCUGUACUUUUUACAUUUUUUUUUUUUUUAUCUCUGCAGAGGGAAAGUUGAGACAAGUGUCCCCGUCCAAGGAGAGCGUUUCAAAAGCAAAACAUCCCUGCAGGUUUUCCCGAGUGCCCUGAGAUACUUCUUAGAGCUGUUAAUAAGUGGUGUACACGAGGCAGCGCCCGGAGAUAACUCCUUUUGUCCAGUGUAGAGGAAGUAGUUCUAAACAGUUAACGUUCAUUUCUUCCCAUUUCUCAGUUUUGGGUGACACCUUGACGACCUUAGUGAUUGUUGCUCUGGGUAAUGUUUAUACCCCAUCCAGAUGCUGCAGUGAGGUUGGACAGUGUCACCCCAAUGGCCCUGGACUGACACAGAAGCAGUGGAACAUUCUGUCAGCUUCUGAAGGCUCUAAUCAGAAACCAGCAUGCCAACUGCGUUACCCACCUGAGAGUGAUCCUGAUAUACUUAGCCUCUCACCAUCAGUGAU